AUGAUCUUGCUUGUUGUGUCUGGUUGUCCCAGCGAGCACCGAGCUCAACUCCCCCCCCCCCGUGCCCCCAUAUGCGGACCCCCCCCCUUUUCUUCUUUUUUUUUUUUAAUCUUUACUUCUGGCCGCGCGCACCGUUCCUCGUUUGCCCGCCUCCACACUCCACACUCCACACCGGCUGCAUCACAGGUCACAGGCCGCACUCGACAGUACAUCACAGGUCGUCCAGAAUCCCUCUUGCCCAUCCACCGACCAAGACAUUGCUGGCAAGCCAGGAGAGGUUCAUCGAAGGUGUUGCUGGGAGCAGUCGGGCGGGGAGCAGCAAUCAACUACAUACAACAUAGUCUAAUCUCUCGGAAGAUGCAGCAAGCCCCGGUUCAGCAGCGAUACCCAGGCCAGCAGCCCCAAUCCGCGGCGAUUCCCCCCGUCGGAAUACCCGCCAUGAUGCCGGCCACCCCGGGGUCGAUGAACAUGGGUACCCCGGGCACUGUCUUGCCGAACGGUCAGUUCGUGCCCAACGCGUCGCCCGCCCAGAUGAGUGUCCUGCCAAACGGGCAGGUGAUGGCACCCCCCGCCGGCGGCGGCAUGACGGCAGGGGCGCCUGGGUUUCCUGUCCACACCCAGCCGCCGGGGGUGGGGCCGAAUAUGGGGCCGGUGAUCACGCGAGAACAGCAGGAGAUUGUCGGGGUGCCGCCGGGGAUGACUCGAGAGAGCAUGGCGCCUGGGUACGACCCGCGGCUCAAGAAGCAGCGAAGGGUGUUCGAUCCUCGGUACUCCUUCAAGGAUUCCUUCGGGAACAGCAGAAACAAGAGCUGCUGCACAAUAUCCUAGCUGCUACGCAUUGGUGAGCAAAAUAUCCUAUUAGCUGCUAUGUUGCAGGUAAUCACAAUAUCCCGGCUGCUUUAUAACGAGCCGUCAGUUUUUGAGGGCGGGCGGGGUGGAGGGGGGGGGUCGACUAGGGGCAGAUUGUUUGGGCCGGAGCCGGGCGAGCGCGACCUCAUGAGCAUCUGAUUCGCCCCGUUGUGCGUGGCUGCAGCUAAGAUACUGCACAUUGUUUGGUAGAAUUGAGAGGGCGCGCGCUGCUACUGUUUGGAUAAAUGGAGUUUGUAGAUUUCUAAGAGUUGUGCUCUUCUGUGGUAGCGGUAGGUGGGUGGGGUAUGUAUGCGAAAACGCUGCAGGUGUGUCUCAACGACCAGAUGUGUCACUGCCAUUUGAGGCUCCCGCAUGGUUUUUCGAGUCUAGGCUCCUGGCACCGGACUCGCUCUACCCCCCGGCUCGAUCGAUUUGGGAGUGCUAAAUAUUAUUUUAUAUUAUAGGUCCGAGUUCGUUGUCUUUCUUCUCCGGUAAGAUUCCUCCCUCCGUGCGUUGUAUGAAAAGGGCAAACGGUGGUUGGUAUCAUCGUAUGUAGUGUAGAAAGCCAAGUGGUACCAUCGUAUUCCAGUUUGUUUUGGGCAGCGUGGGGGGUGACAUUCUGUUGGAGGUGUUGUGUGAAAGUCCAAGCCAUUUGGAGGUACAGUACCAAGUGCUCCGAGUUAGUUUUUCCAGUGCUUCGUGUGGUGAACGUUCGUGUUUUUAUGUUUAGAUGUGUUCAAGUGCUGAGGCGUGCAGAAUACCCUCCCUCUCUGCGAAAGAAGCUUUCGUUAAACCAUGAAGAAGGUGCAUAUUUCCGGUGUGCUUUAUCCCUACACACAAUUUUUUGUGUUGGAACAAGAAAGGCAUGACUGCCUGUACUGGUCGUUACGACACCACCUCCGACACAAUGAAGGUAGUGUACCAGAUGAAAGUACCUUGUCCAGACCUUCAAUAGUAGCCACAGAUGUCUUGUGUGUGGUCACUUCUCAUGUUGAGGAGAGAAAAACUCGCUGUGUGUACAAUGCCCGCGAAUUUUCGCCCCCAGUUUGGAAUGUUUUCGGGGGCUCCCGUAAUAGUGUUCAUAGGUUGGGAUGCUUUGACAAGUUGAUCUUCCGCACCAGGUAUACUUGAUGGCGGAGCUGGGUUGUACGUGCACUAUGUAGCAGCGCGCGGCAACGCGCUUGAUAUUUUGGCCAUGGCCAUUAUCUGAAGGAAGGGUGCAAGUGUGGUGAUGGAUAUUUUGUUUACAUGAUACGGAAGACCUUGGAUAUUUUGCGGGUUUAAGAAGUGUGUGUGAUGGAAAGACGGAUGAAAUCACUGUAGGCCCAUCUUAUGGUAGAGAUGUGAAGUCCCCCCUUGUCUCCGUUGGAACGCAGCGACACCAUCGUGUGUUAAGCGGUCGUAAGGUUGUCAUUGGCUGUCCUCCAGGUUCUUUUGUAGUCCCUUGCAAGGCGGCGGCGUAGGGUAUGUGUGGUCUGGGGGGUACACAGACAGGUAGUGGGGUCAGUCGAGCUCAUGUGAGGGGAAGGGAAGGAGCGAGUGUCCGACUUGCCAACUUUUUCUACUGCGUGAGAG